UCUGGAUGCUCCCAGAGCUCUGCCCUUUGGAGUUUUUUGGAGUUUCAUUCCAUAGGCAUGGCUGAUUAAACCACUGGCCAUUGAUAAUCAACUUGGCUGCAGCGACCCCCAGCCCUUGAGGGAUGGGGCUGAGAGUCCUAAUCCUCCAAUCCUGCCCUGGGCUCUCUGGUGACCAUCCUGCAGCUGCCUACGGACUGCCAGCCACUAGCCAAUCAUUAGCGCCCGAAAAGACCUUUUGGGGAUUUCAAGGAUUUUAGGGGUUAUAUGCGAGAAGUGGAGAUGAAGGUCUAAUAUAUAUUUCACAACAUCACACCUUUCCUAUUUGUAUGGUUCUCUGUGAUGAGCAAUUAUUCUACUUCUGUGGCUUUUCCCUUCUCCUGACACCUUUCUUUUACUAUUUUUUUGAUGUACCCAUUGUCUGCUGAGGUCUUAAAGAAGGAAGAGCACAUGGGAGGAGGGGUCGGGAUAGUUCUGGCCACAGAGCACUGGCCUUGCGUCCUGGCUGAGCAGCUUUGGUCAGCUGACCUCAUGCCUCCAGGCUCGUCAUCUGUGCCCUGGGGAGAACGAUCCUUACCAGGAAGAACAAUCCUGCUGAGGGGCCCAAAGGAGCAAGCAGGCAGCUGUGGAGUGUUUAUUUCCAAGCUGGGCUCAGUGCUAGGUGCUGGCUGCUCACUGGUGAUGAGACAGAUGAAGGUCAUCAACCUUGUGGACCAGAGCCCAGUGUCACAGACGUGGAUCUCACUCUAGCCUGGUCAUGACUUCCAGCUUCUCGGAUCUGAGGCUCCAGAGGAGGAAAUGAGUGUUCAGGGAUCUUGCUCCAGAUUGAUUACAGAAACUGAACCUUCAUAGGGUGCAGACUUAACGAGGACAGGAAAGUUUCUCACUUUGAAGGGCUUUAAGUUUGUAACAAAGAAAAUAAAAAUGACGACUUCCUCUAUUAGACGGCAGAUGAAAAACAUUGUGAACAAUUACUCAGAGGCUGAAAUCAAAGUCCGGGAAGCCACCUCCAAUGACCCGUGGGGCCCAUCCAGCUCUCUGAUGACUGAGAUUGCUGACCUGACCUACAAUGUGGUGGCCUUCUCAGAGAUCAUGAGCAUGGUGUGGAAACGGCUCAAUGACCAUGGCAAGAACUGGAGGCACGUGUAUAAGGCGCUGACGCUGCUGGACUACCUCAUCAAGACGGGCUCCGAGCGGGUGGCCCAGCAGUGCCGGGAGAACAUCUUUGCCAUCCAGACCCUGAAGGACUUCCAGUACAUCGACCGCGAUGGCAAGGACCAGGGCAUCAACGUGCGGGAGAAGUCAAAGCAGCUGGUAGCCCUCCUCAAGGAUGAAGAGCGGCUGAAGGCUGAGAGGGCCCAGGCUCUCAAGACCAAAGAGCGCAUGGCCCAGGUCGCCACCGGCAUGGGCAGCAACCAGAUCACUUUUGGGCGUGGCUCCAGCCAGCCCAACCUCUCUACUAGCUACUCGGAGCAGGAGUACGGCAAGGCUGGGGGAUCUCCGGCCUCCUACCAUGGCUCACCCGAGGCCUCGCUGUGCCCCCAGCACCGCACAGGGGCCCCGCUGGGUCAGAGUGAGGAGCUGCAGCCGCUGAGCCAGCGCCACCCCUUCCUGCCGCAUCUGGGGCUGGCCUCCCGCCCAAAUGGCGACUGGUCCCAGCCCUGCCUCACUUGUGACCGCGCAGCCCGAGCCACCUCCCCGAGGGUGUCCUCUGAGCUGGAGCAAGCCCGGCCCCAGACUAGUGGAGAAGAAGAGCUUCAGCUGCAGCUUGCACUUGCGAUGAGCAGAGAAGUGGCCGAGCAGGAAGAGCGCCUCCGGCGCGGUGACGACCUCAGAUUGCAGAUGGCCCUGGAGGAAAGCCGAAGGGACACAGUUAAAGUUCCAAAGAAGAAAGAGCACGGCUCCCACCCACAGCAGACCACUCUGUUGGAUUUAAUGGAUGCUCUUCCCAGCUCGGGCCCAGCUGCCCAGAAAGUGGAGCCCUGGGGCCCGUCAGCCUCAGCUAACCAGACCAACCCCUGGGGCCGGCCAGCAGCUCGCGAGAGCACUUCGGAUCCCUGGCCACCGUUUGGUGCCACGCCAGCUGCCUCUGUCGACCCAUGGGGCGUGCCUCCCGGAGCCAGCACACAGUCUGUCCCUAAGAGCUCAGACCCCUGGGCAGCUUCACAGCAGCCUGCCCCCAGUGGGGGGAGGGCAACUUCUGAUGCCUGGGGUGCAGUCUCUACUACCAAGCCAGUUUCUGCCUCUGGGUCCUUUGAGCUCUUCAGUAAUCUGAAUGGUACAGUUAAAGACGACUUUUCUGAAUUUGACAACCUCCGAACUUCAAAAAAAACAGCAGAAUCUGUGGCCUCCCUUCCAUCCCAAAACAAUGGAACCACAAGCCCUGACCCCUUUGAGUCUCAACCCCUGACUGUUGCCUCAAGUAAGCCCAGCAGUGCCCGGAAAACACCUGAAUCCUUCUUGGGCCCUAACGCAGCCCUGGUGAACCUGGACUCUCUGGUGACCAGACCCGCCCCACCAGCCCAGUCCCUCAAUCCCUUCCUGGCACCAGGUACAGCCGCCACUUCAGCCCCUGUCAACCCCUUCCAGGUGAACCAGCCCCAGCCGCUGACACUGAAUCAGCUGCGGGGGAGUCCAGUCCUAGGGACCAGCACAUCCUUUGGGCCUGGCCCUGGGGUGGAGCCCUUGGCUGUGGCCUCCGUGACAUCCAUGACCCCACAUCCAGCUCUGGGGGCCAGUGGUUCUUCUCUGACAACAAUGAACAUGGUGGGCAGCGUGGGCAUCCAACCAUCGGCAGCUCAGGCCACCGGCACAACCAACCCUUUCCUUCUCUAGUGCCCUGGGCCUGGGAUCCACCCCCAAGCAGGUGCCCAGGGCACCUGUGCUAGAGAAUGCUGAGUGGGGGUCCUGGUUUGUGGGAUGGGCCUGAGCGUUUGGGUUGGGGGGUGUUAGGGCCUUUCAGUUCCAGCUUCCUGAUAACAGAGUUGUCUUUACAGCUCUGACCCUCAGACUUCAGAGUAGCGCACAGGCCUUCUGAGACAGGCCCACCCACCUGCCCCAGCCUGGCCUGCUCUUACCGCCUCCUUCCAAGCAUCAGGUCCUCUCAGGGCUCCUCUGAGGCCUUGGUGAGGAGGCAGGGGUAUCAGUGUGGCCCUCGUCCCCAGCCUCAGCCCAGAGUUGCCUGGCCCAGACUUGGGACAGUCUCUAGUCUUUGCCUCCAGCCCUAGAGACACUCCAGGCAGUCCCAGGUGUGGAUGGGAUGAAGUGCUGGCUACGUGAAACACUGACCUUUUGGGGACGUGGUUGUGCAUAUUUUUUUUUCUUUGACUCGUGUGUGAGUUCAAAGUAAACGACACCACCGUGGACAACUCUUGAAUUAAAUCCACUAGCGUGAGCUUUAAACUAAUCUGAGCAUAACCCUGCCACGUGGCUUUAUGCUUGUAUACGUUUGCACAUAUUUUGUUUAGUACAGUUUCAUAUUGAGUUUGCAGAAUUAUCUAAUAGUCUUUUUUUGGCUAAUAUUUUUAUAACGUGGUUCUUAUUUAACUGUCUAGUUUUGAUAGAAUUUACCAGGUUUGGCUGAAUUAAGAUAUUGACACACAUCAUUUUAGUGGUUUAAAUCCUCUUAUUUAUGGUUUUAACUCUAAGAAAAGUUUAAAAAGAUGUUUGGAUGACAAGAAAAAAUGCCUUAUGGAAAAACUAAAGCAAAUUCUUUAUAGGAAACAAUAUGGGAAUUUGAUUACACAUAAAAGAUGUUUAUUUAAAAAAAGAAAACCUACAACAGUAACAAAAAGUCCUAGCCUCCAGCUGCCUUUUCCUUUCUUUAACUCCUUUUUUUGGUGAAUUACUAAACUGAUUGACUUUCAGCCUUUUUGGCUAGAUCCUGAGAGAGAGGCUAUUUUUCUUACUUAGAUACCAACAUCUUGAAUGUUAAAGAUAAAAAUCUAACGUAUGAAUGUGACUCACAAAUUUUUAUCAACUAAUUCCUUUUGUUAAUUAAAGGCAUGCAGGGAUUAACAAGGACUUCUAUUUAUAACGGAAAUCUGAAAUGGAAGAAACAUCUUUAACCUUGCGUGUCUGUGCUGUCCUGUCUUAAUCUACGCUCAGGUUAAAGAUGGGGAUAACAUGGAAAGGGCAUUUGUCUCAAGGGUGGGGGAUGCUUCUUCUAUGCCUGCAGCUCCCUGGGGAGCAGUCCCCAGGCUGAGACGAGGGAUGGGGACCAGGGCUGGCCCUGAUCCACCUACCUGCUAACUCCAGACGUUAUUUUUAAAUUGCAGACUUAAAAAUAGUCAUUUCUCAUUUUGGAGAUGUAGAAAAAAAUCAUUCUCACAAGAGAUAGAUUUUUUUUUAACAAACAUGCACUAAUAUUACCUCCUUUUCCCAACCUCCUACUGUUCUCAUCCCACCCACCACUGGAAAAAAAGUAUUAAGUCACGAAGGCCAGAGAAGACUCCCCAGGGAAGAGACGUUUCCCCAACCCUAUGUCUAGGUAGCUGCCUACUGGGCAUUUCUGGCUCGUUUUCCACCGUGUGGACUUCUCACCUUCAGCUCCAAGGGCAGCCGACCACCUGCCAGCCCCUCUCCAAUUCCAGAAGAUCUGACCCUUAGCACUGGCCCUGGGAGAUUUAAGACUUAAAAUAGUCUCUGGGAUGCCAGGAGGACACAUAGCGUCUGAGUGAAGACUGCCUACCUGUGAUGUCCCCAAGGCUGUCCUCUCUGGCCCCAGGAGCCACUCCUCCACCAGAACCAGAGGAUGCAGGAAGGUGCAGGAAGACUGCUGCCGGAGGAGGGUAGGGGCACAGUUGGGUGUGGGGUCAGGGUGCUCGCCCAGGUAGGUGCUUUCCCUCCAACGGUGCAGGGCCUGGACCAGCCUUACAGGUCAGCAGACCAGACUUGACUUCUUGGGGUCAGUGAUUCUUUUGUAACAGACAAGCACUCUUCCUAAUGAGACUUUGAGGCCCCAACAUGACAGCCCCGCCCCAGGUCCUGGCACAGGCCAUCCCAAGUGCACGUUGUCCCUGUUGCCUGCUGCACUGAUCAUGAAGCCACUGGCCACUGCCAUUGUGUUCCCUCCUGACCGGUAAGGGAGGAAGUCACUGGGGCCGGCAGCUGGUUCUGAACUUGUGUUGACUGUUGAUACUUAUUUACUGUAUAAAUAUAAUUUAUCAUUUGUAUCAUGA